AGGACCACAGUGUGGUAACAAAUAUGGCGGAGACAGCACCUGUCGGUUCGUAGUGCACCUAAUGAAAAAAAAGACAACCAUGUAUCGAAUGAACUUCUAUGAAAGCACUUGCUUGCGCUGCGAUCAGACAGUGUAUCAAGUGGAUCGAGUCGGCCCGUUGAAAGAUUUCACUUUUUUCCAUUCGGGGUGUUUCAAGUGCGCUGUGUGCGGUACGAAGUUGACCCUUAAAACUUACUACAACAACCAACACCGCCAGGAAGAUAAAGAGGUCUACUGUUCCGGCCAUGUACCGAAAAUCGGCCCGGGCCACUUGGACGGAUCCGCCGUAGGCAUACGUUCCGCGUUGAACGUGCCCAAAACGACAAAUUUCGUCAACGACCAAAUCAGAUCCCAGAACGGCAAUGCGGCCGUCGUGACGCCGCCCCAGUUAGAUUAUCAGUAUGGACGAUUUGACGCGAGUGCUCUUCAUAUCGCUCAUGCGUUACGUGCGACUGAACUCCACAAGGCGUACAACAAAGCCAGAGAGAAACCCAUCGAAUAUUACCUCGAUAAAGAUGAACAGACCCGCCUUGAAAUGAAGCACCGCAAAGAAGAAGAUGACUUGUAUCGAAAAUUUAUGCGUCAAAGAGAAGAAGAAGAUAAACGAAUUAAAGAUGAAAUAAGAGAUGAAUGGGAAAAGGAGCUAGAAAGGUUAACCUCCAGGUUCGAAAGAGAAAUGACUGCUAAAAGAAAAAGGCCUGAAGAUACCAAAGUUCUCACCCUUAGGCUACAGCAGGAACGGGAUGAUCUUGAAAAAAAUAUGACCAUUAGACGGGAAAGGAAAAAGGAAAGCCUUACCAGAAAACUCUUGGAGCAUGAAAGAGCUGCUACAGCUGCACUUGUUGAAAAACAGAGCAGGGAAAUGUUGGAGCUUAUAAAUGAAAAGCGUUCUCAGUACAUGAUGGCAGAAAGCAUUUAUUUGGAGCCUCAAGGACAAGAAGAAGUGGCUCCGUAUCCAAGUCAAGCCCCGAGUCCAGCUCCUCCUUCAUUACCAAAAUACCAUAUCUAUUCGCAUCCCAACGAAUUUGCCUAUAUCGAUGAAAUAGCAAUAUCUGUGGCCCAAGAAGAUCAGAAAACCUUUACAGAUUUGGUACGACAAUUAGUAGGCCGAUGUGGAUCUGAUAUUGAAAAAGCAAGAACAAUAUUCCGAUGGAUCACAGUCAAAAAUCUGAACACUAUGCAGUUCGAUGAAAAUCUCCGCGGUGACACACCCAUGGGCUUGUUGAGAGGUAUCAAACAUGGGACUGAAAGUUACCAUGUCCUUUUCAAAAGGCUUUGCAGUUAUGCUGGACUGCACUGUGUUGUUAUCAAAGGGUAUUCAAAAUCAGCAGGUUACCAACCUGGUGUUUCCUUUGAAGACAACCGAUUCAGAAAUUCGUGGAAUGCAGUGUAUGUAGCUGGAGCUUGGAGAUUCGUCCAGUGCAACUGGGGUGCAAGACAUCUUGUUAAUGCAAAAGAAGUCCCCAAAGCAGGAGCUAAAUUAGCAAAAACAGACAGUUUAAGAUACGAAUAUGAUGAUCAUUACUUCUUAACCGACCCCCGUGAAUUCAUUUACGAAUUUUUCCCACUCCAGUCCGAAUGGCAGCUUCUGAAGAUUUCCAUAUCAUUGCAGGAAUUCGAAGAGCUUCCAUUCGUCAGAUCUUUGUUCUUCCGAUACGGUCUCUACUUUCCAGAUUCUCACACAAAAGCUGUUAUGUUCACCGAUGCUACAGGUGCUGCAACUGUACGAAUAGCAAUGCCAACAAACAUGCAAUCAAGUCUGAUAUUUCACUAUAACCUUAAAUUUUAUGAUAGUGAUGGAGAUUCCUAUGAUGGGGUCAGCUUGAAAAGAUUCGUCAUGCAGUCUGUUUUAGGCAACAUAGUCUCGUUUAGAGUCCAUGCACCGAGCAGCGGAGCGUUUUUGCUCGACAUUUUCGCAAACACUGUCACACCUAAAGAAUACCUGACAGGCGAACCGAUGAAAUUUAAAAGUGUUUGCAAAUUUAAAAUCAUGUGCGAAGAUUUACAGACAGUUAUGGUGCCGUUACCGGAUUGUGCGAGCGGAGAGUGGGGUCCGACGAAAGCUACAAGACUCUUUGGAUUGAUACCAAUAACACACCAGGAGGCUUUGAUUUUUGCUGGACGGGAACUUGAAAUACAAUUUAGAAUGUCGAGGCCUUUGAUAGAUUUUAUGGCGACGUUGCAUAAGAAUGGUAUCGAGGAAAAGAGAUUAUCAAAAUAUGUAUCCUACGCUAUAGCGGACAGUGAUAUGGUGACAUUUUCACUUUCUUUUCCCGAGGAAGGACAAUAUGGGUUGGAUAUAUACACAAGAGAAAUGGGUAGAACCCCAGAAAAAUACCUUCUCACUCACUGUUGCAAAUAUCUUAUAAACAGUUCUAAGAGAAACUAAAUCGAAUUCCUGUUAAUAUAUAUUAAUAUUCUUUUGUAAAGUAUUUUAAACUGUAUUGAUGAUGUAAACAGUUACACUUGUGUCAAUGAUUCGUAUUUUAUAUAUUGAUUUUUUACAAAUAAUGUUUUCUUAUAACUACAAAUUUAUAUUGUUUAAUUAAAUUAGUUUGAUAUUAAUUUUUUGCAAUGUAAUAUUAUACGAAAUGUUCAUGCCAAAAUGAAUCUGGCAUAAACGCAUUACAACAGAAAUUUUGCAUAAAAAGCACAUGAAUUUAUCGAUUGUUGGAAACGUAACUUUUUUAAUUGAGCAAUUUGUAAUAAUUUUUCACUAAUCCCAUGUACAAUGAUGAAUCUUUUAAAUAAACUUUACCAAUUCUCACACAUAUAACACAAUUUAAUGUACAAUAACCGAUUACACGAUCGCACUAAAAUAUGAUAAUUAAGCAGAGUUGCACCAUGUUCUCUGUUACAACGCGAAGAAGAACAUUGUUAUAUUAUAGCACACUAAUUAUUUAUUUUGACUAUGUUAUCUAUGGUAUAAAUAAAUGUAUAAUUAUUUUGCAAUAAUGUGUUUAUAUGUAAUAUUAUCAAUUGUAAUAAGUUCAUUAGUGAAAUAAUUGUUGUUAUGUACACUCCGAUAUAAAUAUUGUUAAUAUAAAUUAAUUGAAUGUUAUUUAUUUUGAUAAUAAAAUGUUGACAU